AUGGAUGAAAGAGGCGUCCGCCGCGGCGCAGGCGCACCGUUCUAUGCGCCGCCUCGACGUAAAACAUCCGCAGAGAUCAUCAGCGAGGCUCGCGCUGCCAUCAGUGCAGAAAUGAACAGUAUAUCGAGUGGAUCAGGGCUGAGCGUUCUCCGCCCACUGCGUACGCGCCGCCCGUUCACACCGCGGGAGCCGCAACGCACACUGUUCACUGAACGCGCGCGCAAGAAGGACACCCGGCCGCCUAGCGCGUUUGACCUCAAAUACCUCACCCUGGAUGAGAGUAACGAAGACGCGCUCAUUACGUCCGCCGUACAUUACGGUAGCCUUGAUGAAGAUGAUGCAAAAGAAGAUUUUUUUUCUGAUAAUCAACCAAGUGUUAAAAAGAAAGCAGUACGAACACGACCAACUCAAGAUCGCUCGGGUGAUGGAUGGAGCGGUUUCCCCAAGCUGCCUCACCUCAGCGGUAGAAGUAAGCCGCUACAUCGUAGGAACACAACAGGACAAUCGGGCGAUGCCUCUAAUGCAAAUUUGGAUUUAGCGCAGUCAAUUCAUGUAACGAAGCCAUUAGAAUCACGUGAUAUAUCGAUCGAUGAAAAAUCAAUCGUUCAUUUGAUUACGCCGUCCAGUCCUGAUACUUCUAUUAAAAGAAGUCAAAUGAUGUUUUCAAAAUCAUUUGAGUCAGAGCCCGGUCUCGGAGAGGUCACAGUUAAGCAUCUCGCAGUACAAUUACCAAAUCCAUCGAACGACGAUUAUGAUAACAUGACAGUGUUGGAGUUAGCUGAAGCGCUCUCGAGUAAAAAUCGGAAUUCGGAGAAUGUUCUAAUGCUAAUGCAAGCUCUUCAAUGUAACAUUGCAAAGCAUUCUCCGGCCAAUAGUCUUCGAGAUCUAGUACUUCAUUCGUUAUAUAAACAUAUAGAAAGCGACGACGAACGGAUAUUAGUGGCCAUAGCCACGGCGAUGCUUACGAUGCGUGUUACUGGAGCACAUUUAGCGGCCGCUUGUAAGUUGGUGUUUAAAAUUUCAAGGAACGACAAGAAUGAUCAUUUCUUCAGAAACAGUGAUCUUCUCGACUUAGUAGUAGAAGGCUGCGGUCGAAUAGAUCCAGUUAAUGAAAGCGAGUGCUGCGUGUACGCAGCGGGUGCGUUGCGUUUUUUGACUCUGGAGCCGCGACUGUGUGCGUUAGCGCAUCGCGCAGGCGCGCUGCACCUAACUGCCUUACAUCUUAAGAUACUAAAUAAUGCGAAAGCGGAGAGACCGCGCCAAGUAUCUGAACAGGCAACUCACGCGCUGUAUCAAGUGACGGGCGCGCUGCGUAACCUGGCGGGGAGCGGGGAGGGCGCGGAUAGCGGAGCGGGCGGGGAGCGGGGGGAGUGGGGGCGCGCGUUCGCCGCGUGCGGCGCGCUCAGCGAGCUGCUCGCCGCGCUCACGCUGCACACCGACAGAGACGUUCUCACCAACGUUGCGAGGUGUCUUAGUGUCCUGUCAGCUGAUGAAACAUGCUGCGCGUGGCUGUGCGCGUCGCCGGCGAGCGCGCGCGCGCUGCUCACGUCGCUGGCGGCGUGCGCGUCGCGGGCGCCGCUCGCCGUGCGCCUCGCCUACACGCUCGGGAACAUGGCCGCCGCGGACGAACAGGCGAGGAUCAAUAUCUACAAUGAGGUGGGUGGAGUGGACGUCCUUCUGACGAUACUGGAGUCGUACGCGCAGAGAAACGAAAAUGAAACGAGGGAAUCGGAUUCUGAUCCCGAUCGCCAUUUAGUUGGCUCCGAUCUUGGUGGAUCCGACGGCUCAAAUGAAGAUGUUCUAAUAAAAACAGUCCGAAUAAUAGCGAACUUGUGUCUCGCUGAACUCGCUGGAAGAGGUUUGGCAGCCAAUCAUGCUGAAAGAACAGUCCGGGCUCUUCUGUCAUGUCUCGACUUGGCUGAGAAACCGCCGGACAAUAAGAUAAUCGAUUUGCCAGAAAAAGAACGAAAUACUUGGUUAGAAAGACGCGAAGAACUGGCUAUGGCGGUAUUAGCUACGCUUAACAACAUCACCUUCUAUCUCGAACCUUCUGCCGGGAGCCCUCAAAAUCAUACUCUAGAACUUAUGUGUAAAGCAACGUGUCGUUGGAUACGUGGUAGUGGAACAUCAGCCUGCGAGGCGAUACGCGUGCUCGGGAACCUCUCCCGCUCCGCGCACGCCGCACAGCUCAUCGUGUUGGAGGGCGCUCUCACUGCUCUCCCGCCGUUCCAACAACACGAGGAUUCGAGCGUGCGUUGCGCGGCGGCGGGCGUGCUGGUGAACGUGUGCGGGGCGGGCGGCGCGGGCGGCGCGGGCGCGGCGGCGCGCGCGCUGUGCUCGGCGGCGCACGCGCGCGACGUGCCCGCCGCCGCGCUGCUCGCGCGCGCGCUGUGGAACGCGCACGCGCACCGCCCGCUCGAGCCGGGACACGCGCAUCAGGUAGCCGCCGCUCUCGCCUUGUUUAUUGACGAUGAAUCAGUUUUCACGGCGUGCGAAGCGUCUAAACUAGGUGAUAGACGUGCAAGUGAUCCGCAGAUUUCGAACCAUCAUCAGGUAAAGUUUGAUUUGGAUAAUAAUAAUCAUAAAGCGAACAAGCCCUUCGAGCUCGACGUGCCGAAACCCUUGACAGCUAAAGCGUACAGCGUUGAAAAAGACUUGCAUUUGGAUCAAGAUUACGACGAUGAAGGCGAAAGACAUUCAGGAGAAGAUUUAGGUUUCGAAGAAGGGGAGAUAGAAGAAUGUGAUUGUGGCCCAUGUCGCCGACUGGCCGCGUGGGAAGAGCUAGUAGGGGUCGCUAUACCGCUAUUGGAGAAACUACGCCCACUCAGGGCCGACGCGUCAGUCGGCACAGAUUAGGACUUGUAAUAAAGUUAAAAUAUUUGAA